CUAGUUCGGUUUACAAAUAAAGCGCAAUUUUUACUUAUUCCCAGAACUCAACUUAAAAAUUGCUUAUUUAAGAAGAAAUAACGAUUUGCAUCGCUCGCAAAUAUAAUAGUCGACGUUCCGCAUAUUCACUUGUGAUAUAUUUUAGUUUGAUGUGCCGAAGGUACUUCGAUUAAAGCAAAUACAAGUGUCUUUAAUUUUCGGCCUCUAUAUUGUUGACGAUUUGCUGAAUGCUCUAGUGAAGCCAGAAAAUGAAGACUUCACCAAACAUAACCGACUUGCCGCUGGAAGUUCUUGGCUUAAUAUUUAAGGAGUUGCCGACCUUGAAAGAGCAAAUAUGUCUGGCUAAGGUUCAUCCCCAUUUUGAAUUGGCAUUCUCUUGUCACUAUAGGCAUAAAUUUAGGAAUCUCAACAUUUGUGACUUGACCAAAACGGAGCGGAAGUUAAUGCUCCCCUUUGCGGAUCAAACGUGAAUUAUAUUAAGGUCCAUGAAUCUUUCGACGACACUAUGUUGAAAUUAGUGAAAAAACACUGCCCAAACCUUCAGUACAUAGAGCUUGAACUUUCGGAGAAAAAUAUCAAAGGCGUAAAAUCGAUUCUGGCAAAAGUUAGAAGCCUGAGAACAGUUUCCAUAAUCGCCAGCUCGAUAAUGGGAAAUGAUCUGGGGAUUGUCAAACUACUGAAGUUUCAACGGAAUUUAAAACGUCUUAAUUUAUUUCAUUUCUGCGCCGACGAAUUUAUUGAAGUGCGUAAUAUGGUGAAAUUGGAGGAGCUGAUAAUUUGCAGUCGCUCGGAUGAUAUUAACUUAGACGAGCUGUGCAAUCGUCUUAAAAAACUUCGAAAGCUGCAGGUUAUUGGCAAGGUUUUCACUGCUUCGCAAGAAUUUAAAGUAGCACCUUGUCCGGCUCUAAGAGAACUCCAUCUACAAGCUCGAAUCACCCCUGACGUCUUAGCAUGGAUUCUGGCCCAUGCCGAGACACUAGAGAGAUUGAAGUUUAACACUAGAUUUUAUGGAUACUAUGAUCCAAAUAUAGUCUUUAGCGAAGUAGUAUCAAAAUGCAGAAAUUUACGCUCCCUUUGCAUGCCAAUUGACCAAGUGAAUAAGUAUUUUAUCCGUCAGGUAAUUGAAUUUAUUUCCGAAAGUGAGUUGACAUUAAAAGAGCGGCCGCUGGACGUAAGUUUUCAUAAUCCGAGAAUGGAUCACGAAAUUCAAAAAGUGCUUUCCAAAACAUCAGCUAAGCAGGUAAUUGCUUUGACGGAUUGUUUUUGAAAAAAUGUAUUACCU